GUGCACGAGAAAUCAGAAACCAUCACAUGGUCUGAUGGAUCUAUUACCGUGCUACCGUGCAUAGUCAGGGAUGGCGUAAACGUGUGCCAGGAAGAUGCUACGACGGUGUCUUACUUUGCAACCCUUCCGGAAUCGCUUCCUGAGACGUCAAAAAACGUCGUACACUUAAAGUACAGCGACUGGCGCACCAAAAGCCGGCAACUGUGCGACGAAAUCUCUGCGGCGAUUCGGGUAAACAAGGCUGUUGUUAUUCGAAAUAUAAGUAGACCCGAGCCUGCAACUCUCGAUCUAGAUUACCUAGAAGAUCGUGGCAUGUCAGACUUGAUGCGUGUAGUCGUACAUGUUACAAUAGACGCUGAACAACGCACCAAAGAUUUUACAUAUCCGCAUCAGCACGCGACUCUCGAAGAGUUCGUGAACAACAUACACGACCCAAACAAGAUUCAAUGCAUUCUUGACGUUGCAUUUGGACAGGGAGGUCUCCCGUUAGAACUAAGCACUCUCGAUAGCGGCAUUAUCAACGGAUGGAAUCAAACCACUGUUGACUGCCCCAUUGGUGAAAAAGUCCAUCCGGACAAUUUUACCGUCCAUUCGUGGGCAUUGAUCCAUGGCCCUGCGUACUGGACACAUCCGCACCAUGACUCUGACGGAAGUCUUACUUUUGUGCAAGUCGAAACGGGCGAAAAAAAAUGGGGCUUAUGGAGACACCGUAACGAAGAUGAAAUUUCUCGUACUAAACUCUCUGAGAUAGCACCAGAGUUGACGGAUCUCUAUCGAAGCCGCAAAAAUAUCGAAGAAAGUUGGCACGGAGAGAUCGUCACUCUCUUGCCCGGUGAUAUGCUAAUACAACCACCGGGACAGUUUCACGCGGUGUAUACACCGGUAGCCUCCUUCGCCACAGGAGGGCACUUUUAUAAUUACGAAACCAUGCAUCUAACGGAACUUUCCCGUUACGUCGACCAUAAGCAAGGAAGGACCUUGACAAACCAGGUCCAUGAACACUCUCUGGAAACCUUCCAACGUAUGGUUGUCAACUUACCGCGCAUCUCGCGUCGCGUUAAGCUGUACAGCAGGCCUUUAAUGGCUCUUUGUAUUAUGGUCUUAGAUACCAACAAAUAUGUGGCCGCUGGCACCGAAAGGCCAAAGCUCAAGACGAGCACGACGAAACGAGCGAAUGAGAUUGCAAAUGCAAUCGUUAAACAUUUUUGGAAGGAUUUAAAGAACGCGACAUCUGUGUAUCGCAAGAAGCAGACGGAUGGAAGUAGUAGCCAGAUGCAUCCGGGCGAACUCGUCAGUAGAGAAGAACUGUUGAAUUGUCUAGAACGCUUCACCACCCUUAAAUUUGAAGUUAGAUUCUACGAAUUUGGAGAUUCUAACGACUUUGACGACUUUGACGACUUUGACGACUUUGACGACUUUGACGACUUUGACGACUUUGACGACUUUGACGACUUUGACGACUUUGACGACUUUGACGACUUUGAAGACUUUGACGACUUUGAAGACUUUGACGACUUUGACGACUUUGACGACUUUGACGACUUUGACGACUUUGAAGACUUUGACGACUUUGACGACUUUGAAGACUUUGACGACUUUGACGACUUUGAAGACUUUGACGACUUUGAAGACUUUGAAGACUUUGACGACUUUGACGACUUUGACGACUUUGAAGACUUUGACGACUUUGAAGACUUUGACGACUUUGAUGACUUCUGCGACUUCAAACACCCCGGUGACUUAGGGGACUCUGACGACUUCGACGACUGUAAAGACUAG